AUGGAAUCGCCGGCCAUCUACCCAGAUUCGCCCAUGGAGCAGGAUGAUGUCCCGUAUCCUUGCAAGGGUUGUGGAGAGAUUCUUGAAGAGGGAAAGGCAUUUGAAUUGGCGGGCAACAGGUGGCAUAUCGACUGUUUUCGUUGCAGCACAUGCGGAACCCUCCUUGACUCCGACGCACACCUGCUGCUUCUUGGCGAUGGCGCCUUGAUCUGCAGCAAUUGCACCUACAGCUGCAGUUCGUGCUCAAAUAAGAUUGAGGACCUCGCCAUCCUGACAGGCGAGCAGGCUUUCUGCAAACGUUGUUUUCGCUGCAGGAACUGCAAGAAGGAAAUCGACAAUCUACGCUAUGCGCGAACCUCCCAGGGUAUUUUCUGCAUGGAUUGCCACGAGUCCUUAAUGCAGCGACGCAGAAAAAGAAACCGCGUCGCCGCCGCUGCUGCUAAUAAGAAACAACCCGGGGUCAAGUUGGAUAAGUCCUUGCCGUCUCUACCCCCAGAAGAGGAGACCCACUCCCGGCCGGCCGACGAUCCCGCCGCCGAUGCCUAUGCGGAUGCUACGACCGAGGUCGCGUCCCGCGGAGCGGCGCCUGCACUCGAUAGUGCGAAAUUCGACGAUUCUACCCCACGUCAAUCACCCAACGAUGACAACCUUAUCCUCCCCUCGAGCACGUAUCGCAGCAAUCGCAAUUCUAGCAUCCCCCACGAACAAUCAGAGGCCGAUGGUGGUGGCGAAUUUCUUAUACCUCUCGCAUUCGAUCCGGACGAGGAUAAACGCGCUUCUGCUCGCACGCAGCCUCCCAUUCCCAAUCAUGGUUCAGAAUCUCGACAGUCGUUCAGAGACGGUCUGGAACCACCAAUCUCGUCGGAGACCGCGUCCCCCCACAUCGCCUACCAAGAGAAAGGACGCGAGCCCGCCGUUCUGGAGCCGGUCCGCUAUCGCCCGGAAGAGAUGGGAACACCAGACUCAUCUCCUGCGGCCCGGCAGCAUGUUACCAAGCCAUCUCGAUCAGGAUCGGUCCUAAGCGCCCAGUCUGACAUUCCUAUGCAUAUGCGAGAGACCAGCUCCUUUUCGACUCCCAGUCCUGAAAGCACCAGGUCUUCUGCACUUCAAACCCGGGAUGGUUCAACUUUCGACUCGCAGCGUUCGGAAACCACGGCCACCAUUCCUUCUCGUCCGUCUCACGAACUUCACAAAUUGCAUGAAAACAACUCCGUGGACUCGUCACGGUCUCUCCCGUCAUCGGCCCUGCAGUAUCCCCCGAAACGAGGCGACUCAUUAGAGAGUAAACUGCAUCACCUCCCUAGGAAGGAAUUGGGCACCUCCCCACGCCCGCCCUCUGUAAGCUUGAGCCAACUUGACGAGUGGCAUGGGCGAUCAACUCCACCCCUUGGCGCGUUGCAUGAUCAGAGACCUGGUGCCGGCAAGGGUACGCCGAAGCUAGGCGAAUCGCCUCGGCGUCAACGCAGCGGUUCUUACACUGAUCCCUCCCGUAAACAGCAUGGUCGCCAGGCGUCUCUCGGUGUGCAAUCGGAUACAGCCAACCGUCCUAGCGAUCGUGCAGGAUCCCCAUCGUUCCUGCGGUACAGUGGGGGAGGGGACUUCUCAAUGGAUGAGGAUAUGCAGCGCAUUAUGGGCUUGGACGACUCCGAAUUGAUCCACAACGAAGCCUUCCUUCGUCGGAUGUCCAACUCAGUCCGUCAUGGUCGGAGCUUCAGUGACAAGGGCUCUCGCCUUUCACGGGACACCAGGUUACCUCGAACACCGGUCAAUGGGGCUACGGCCACACCCUCCCAGGACCCUCCUACCCCAUCGGCUGGAUCUCCGGAGACCCGAACAGAUGAAAUCGCAUGGCUUCGAAGUGAGCUGCGCAAGGAACGCCAGCGGAUUGUGGAGAGGGAGCAGAAGAUCGCGGAGCUGGAAGGCGCCCUCAAUGCGACCGCGGACGUCAAGUUGGCCAACACGGAGCUUUCUGAGAAGCGAUCGACCAUAGUGGUUUUGGAUACGCAGAGGGAGAUUGUCAUGCGGGAGCUUAGCGUACUAACAGACCAUCUCGAGGCUGAGAAACAUGGAGCUAGUGGCUCGUUGGAUCUGGGCAAAAUCACCAACCACGUCCUGCGGGAAUUUGUUGAUUCCAUUCAAAAACUAAAGGAUACAUUUACGCCGCAAAUCGAAGAGCUGGUCCAGAAGCGCAAUGAUACAGCGGAAGAGCUUGCCAAUCUGAACCGCCUGAAGGACAAGAGCUUCCAGGAGUUUGAGCAGCUGUCCUCGAAGAACGCUCAGUUGGCCGAAUUGAACAACCAACUGGUCCACCAGAUUCAGGAACUGUACAAGGCCAACUCUGCGGAAGGUAACCGUGGUGCCAACGGAUUGGGCAUCUAUUCUCACGGCAAAGAUAAAUCUCUGUCAUCAUUCGAUGUCAUGAAGGCCGCAAGCGAACUUCCUUCGUCAGUUUCAACCGCCAACAUGUCGGAGGAAGCCGAGGCUACCAUUGUCCCAGGUCCUCAAGUGGUCAGCAUUCGUAAAGGCCAGCCGCGCAAGUUUAACUGGAAGAAGGGUGGUCAGAACGUCGCCAAGGGCGUUACCAAAGGUCUCAAGGGUGCUUUUAUGUCUAGUGAGGGCUCCCAAGAUGUGACCGGUGGCAAUCUGCCGCGCUCUCAGACACAGGACCCUAGCCGUCAAGGAUUUGGAUUCUUUGGAAACCAAAGGAACAGACAGGGCGGUACAAAGUUGGCUCAUGCUGACAGUGCUCCGGCAUUGUCUGAUGUUACUGGCACACCAAGCCUUUUCGGUACCGACUUGGAACAGCGCAUGGAGCAUGAAAAGAGCAUCAUUCCUGCUAUUGUGACUCGGUGUAUCCAGGAGGUUGAACUGCGAGGCAUGGAUAUGGAAGGAAUCUACCGCAAGUCCGGUGCAAGCUCCGCGAUUCAAACAAUCAAGGAAGGAUUUGAGAAGUCACCUCAAGAUUACGAUAUAUCCGACCCUGAUCUUGACAUCCAUGCUGUGACCUCGGCAUUGAAACAGUAUUUCCGGAAACUGCCCACCCCUCUUAUCACUUACGAAGUCUACGAAAUGGUCAUCGAUUCUGGCGAAAUCACACCCCACGCGGCUCGUGUUGAUCACAUGCGCAAGUGUCUCCAAGCAUUGCCGCGUGUCCAUCGCGAUGUACUCGAAUUCCUCUUGUUCCAUCUGGCGCGGGUGGUCGAGCGUGAAAGUGAGAACCUGAUGACUAGCCAGAACGUCGCCGUCGUCUUUGCACCGACCAUCAUGAGACCAGAAAGCCUGGCCCGUGAGAUGACUGAUGUGCAGAAGAAGAAUGAGGUUUUGAAGUUCCUGGUCGAAACUUGCCAGGAAGUUUUCAACGGUAUGCAGGGCUUGCCUUGA